AUGGGGGUCAGCGAGUCCCUGGGUGUGGAUUCGAAGGGUCGCCGCGUGUUGCCACGGGGUGCGAUGUGCUCAGCCGACGUGGACGAGCUGGCGCUGCCUGCGCCUGGGACCGUCCCCGUCAAGCUUGUCGACGUAUGUUCCCUCGCUGUCGAGUACUUCUCGGACAUGGGGGGCCGCGCGCUUAGGCGACACAUUUCUAUUAUGAUGCGAGAGCUAGAGAGCCUGGUGGUAUACCGGGACCCCGCGCUGAAGUCUCGUGGGGCUCGCCUGCGCCUGGCGGAGCGACUCUGGGGAGGCGGCGAGCUGACCUUCACCGAGGAGAAGAAGGAGUCGAUGUCGCCCUUCGGAGUCAUCAAGAAGUACGUGGAGUCGGAGGUGGACGGCGACCUGGUUUUGCAGCGCCCCGCCUCGUUCACGCACCUGGGCCUCUCCAACAUCGAGGCGGAAGGGCGCGUCUACUCUGCGGCCGGCGACAUGCCCGACAUGUUCUACAGGCUGGAGACGCCAUCGCAGCGUCGGCCCUACUCCUGCUUGGACGAGGCGGGCGUGGACGAGUUCCUGCAGUGCAUGGCCGAGCGAGCGGUCGACGUCGAGGCGCCCGCCGACUCGUCCUUUUUGGCCCUGAAGGUGCUCGUCACCGGGUGGCCAUGGGCCCCGCCCCUUGCGCGCUCCGCCCUGCAGGCGCGCAUGGAGACCAGCGCGAGCGCGAAAGGCCGCGAGAAGGAGCUGGUCUCGAGAAUGGCGGCGGAGGUCAAAUUGACCCUGGAGUCCGCGGGCCUCGCGGUCCACGAAGAGGAGGAGGGCGAGGGGCUCGAGUCCCUGGGAGCUGUCCUGAGAGGCCGCCCCUCGGGCCCGCCGAAGACGCGUCGCCUGGCGCCCGUGACUCUAGCCGUGGUCUACCACGAGAUGCGGCGCCCCUCAAGCCCAUCGGCUGCCUUCCGCCUGUCCGCGGGGGCGCGGGCCGAACUCGCCGCCGCUGCCUACUGCGCCACGCUCAUGGUCACCUACCUGGAGUCGCCAUGGGCCAGCCAUGUCUUCAUGGCCGACUCCAGCGACGUGGGCUACGGCAUCGCCGUGACCAACGCUACGGUGGAGGAGAUUCGCGCGGAGCCCAGGUACUGCGAGCUGCGAGGCUGGACCAUCGCCGCCGAAGACCUCUACACCAACACCGAGGAGGACGCCUGGCAGGAUGGCUGCGGCGGCUACGCACACGACGCCGACGAGCCGGCGCUGGCCGCGGCCCCAGUCUGGUCCUUGGAUGCAGUCAUCGACCCGAAGCACGACCUCGCCGACCCCGACGUUCUGAACGUGAUCGCGAUGCUCGUCGACAAAAGUUACUUCCACGGGGUGCUGGCGUCACCCCCGUGCUCGACAUGGAGCCGCGCCCGCUCUCGGGGCUAUGGGCCCCGUCCGCUGCGCACCCGUGCAGAGCCUUGGGGGCGCACCGACGUCAGGCUGACCUCGCGGGAGCAGCGGCGCCUCGAGCUGGGCGCCAAGUCGCUUGCAACGGCGCCGACGGUGACCCAUGCAAUCUGCAUGGCCGGGGGGGUCGGCCUGCCGGACAUUGGAGGGCGGGUGAACUACUUGGACCAGUGCCGCAACGGCGCCCCCUCCAUGAAGCCGACCAUGGUUGGCAUCUUCGGCGCGCUCGACAGGAGCGACGGGGGCGCCGCCGCUCGGGUCUGCCUCACUUGCAACCGCGAGGGGCGCCACUGGUUUGCGCUCGAGGGGCGCGAGGAGCCAGGAGGUCCGACCUUUCGCGCCGCUGCUGCGCAGACCUACCAGCCCGAGUUCUGCGAUGCCCUCAGCGAGGUCAUCAUCGAGGCGUUCGCGCACAUCAGGUUGGGGCACCUCUACUUCGGCAAGUGGCGCGAGACCGAGCACGCCAAUAUCAACGAGACGCGCGCCAUCGUGGGCCUCCUGAGGCACCUGGCCAAGUCCUCGAGGUCGCGGGGGCCCCUGCCGAAUUUUGACCGACGGCGCGGCGUGUGCGGGAUACGCUGGUGGCUGACGCUGACCAUCUUCGGCCUGGUCGGGCGGGCGUCGGCUGGCCGCGAGCCUCUGCAGCCCACGGGCGCGACCCCGAUGACCAAGAGGGAACCUUUGGCGUGGGACAACUGCGCGACGGAUCCGAGCGUUGGCCUGCUGGACGGCGGCUUCACUCGCUUGCUCGCGCGCUCGGUGGCCGACACCACCGCCGCCCAGUGGGCCCCCGCGGCACGACAGUUCCUCAACUUUUGUACUCAGCGGGGCUGGCAGCCCACAUCCGAGUCGGAGGUCGACCGCGCGCUGGCGGAAUACAUGGACAUCCAGUGCUACGGCGAGCGCAAGAGAGCGACCCUUGCCUCGGUGGUCCUAUUUGGCUUGCUGGUGAUCUGGCCGGAGGACAUCUACGCGAUCGCCAUCUACAUGAUCGAGCAGGGGCACUACAUGGGGGCCGUCUGGACGCUGACGCAGUACGACGUCUACGGCCGACAGCAAGACUUGGAGAUGCUGAAGGUCGCGGACGUCGCGUGGGAUGGCCAGUGCUUGGCCCUGGCCUUCGGCGUCUCGAGCCGCGGGGAGGGCAAGACGGGCGCCGACCAGGGCGCCGUAGCGCGGCGGGGCGCGGUCGAGAACCUGGUCCUGGGCCUGCGCGACUUCAGGGCGAGCAAGGACGAGGAGCUCUUCGGCAUCGGCCAGGUGCGCUUCCGGAAGCUCUGGCACCAGGCCUGCUGCGCGCAGGGCAUGCCUUGGACGCCCCCUCCGCGCGGGAUCCGCCACUCGGGCCCUGGCGAGGACAUCGCCCGAGGCCGCGCGUCGCUCGAGCAGCGCUACUCCAAGACGUUCGCCCUGACGCAGUUCCGCGCGAGAAUGCCAGAGGCAGAGAUCCUGCGAGCCCCGCGGCGGCGCCCCCUCCCCAGCGGCAGCCUCCCCGAGGCGCUCGAGGACGCUGUCGAGAAGGGCCUUGCCAAAUGCGUCGCCGCCGAGCUGAUGAAGAUCAAGGGCCCGAGGGCUCGCCGUUCCAAGAAGGGCAACCACACUGACGACGACGACCCAGACAGCCCAGGAGGCCUCUUCUCAGAUGAGACGUUCGGGGAGGACACGGGCUGGUGGACAGAGUGA